AUGGCUACAACUACAACAAUAACAAUGGCUACAACUACAACAAUAACAAUGGCUACAACUAUAACAAUAACACAGACAUCAGCAAACACUUCACAAACAAUUGUCUCAAUAACAAGUCCAGGUGAUCCCAUUGUCGGCUUAUAUAAUACUUCAGCUGGCCAAUCCACGGGUGCUUAUAAUGGCAGAUAUUCGGGUCCUGCUGAAGAGCCUCCAAAAGUUAUUGAUGGUUUGUUAAGUACGAAAUAUCUUAAUUUUGGAUUUCAAGGUUCCCCUAGUGCCAUUUUAAAUGAUCCUGGAGUAAAUACUGGCUUUUAUGUAACACCAACAAUAAGUACUGCUUCUGUGGCUGUUGCUCUUCUUUUUGCAACUGCAAAUGAUUUUCCAAAUCGUGAUCCACUAGCAAUAACUCUCGAAGGAACAAAUGCCACAGACGUUGGGGCACUUAAUCUCGGCUCAAGUUGGACAUUGAUAUAUAGUGGCCCAACAGGUAUUGAUCCUGUAAUCGCUCCUGCUCGCUCAACAUAUGUGCCACCGCAAAAUUUCUCGAAUACAAUUGCUUUUAGAAGUUAUCGACUACUUGUUACUUCACAACGAGGUCCUGAAAAUUCUGUUCAAUACGCUGAAGCUCAAAUCUUAGGUUAUAUUUGA